CUUCGCCAUCUGCGUGUUGUUCUCUCUCUUUCUCAAAAACAAAAAAGUCUUCAUCUCCAGUCUCUCAUUUAUUUUUUAACAUUCAAACCGCUGUCGGUUCAAAAAAGCACCACCAAUUGUUUUUCUUCUCAAAAAACGGCAGCAGCUUUCGCGGAAUCGACUUUCGCUCACUCAUUCAUAAAAACCGUACUUGCUUCGCAUAUACGUCCACUCUUUCGACAGACAGCAACGAAGGAUCAAAGACUUAUUGAAUAAAGAGCAAAAGGAUUACUACUAGAAUUGUGAGAUUACAAGUACACACACAAGAUUCAAAAUGAAGUCCACAACCGUCGCCCUCGGCCUCUUCGCCGGAGUCACCUCAGCCACCUACAACAACCACCCGCGCCACUUCCACAACCCCUACUGGCGCCGGAACGAGACCGCCUCCCCGGAGAGCUCCACCACCCUGACCGUCGCCAUCACCACCGUCCACACCAUCACCUCGUGCGCCCCCACCGUCACCAACUGCCCCGCCGCCACCGGCAACAGCACCGGCCCCGCCGUCGUGACCGAGGUCAUCGACCUGACCACGACGGUGUGCCCCGUGACCGCCAUCGAGUCCGUCUCCAGCGCCGUCGUCGGCGACCACAGCAGCGGCCUCAUCACCGGCGUCACCCGCACCGUGACCGCCAUCCCCACCCAGAGCGUUAGCGACGUCUCUCCCGAGGCCACCGGCCCCGCCGCCCCCGGCGUCUCCGUCUACCCUACCGUCGGCGUCGUGGACGAGACCCUGACCAUGACCGUCGGGCCCGAGAGCUCCCGCUCCAUCCUCGUCACCACCCUCAAGUCCACGCAGACGCACCUCGUCACUGUCACCGCCGUCCCCGUCCCCGAGUCCACCGCCGGCGUCGACAGCAACGGCAGCGGUGGCGGCUACCCCACCGCCGAGGACGAGAAGACCACCACCACCACCAUGACCUCCACCGGCACCCGCACCGUCACCGUCACCCCCGCUGAGUCCUCCACCACCACCGGCGUCACUGCCCAGGAGACCGGCACCGGCUCCAACACCGGUUCCAGCGAAAACAACAACAACAACGACAACUCCGGCGAAUGCGUCGCCACGACCGUCACCGUGACCGAGACCCAGCCCGCCAGCACCGUGUACAUCACCGCCACCGUCCCCGUCGUCGCCGAGGCCAGCACCCCUGCCGUCGCCACCACCCCCACCGCGACCGUCAGCGAGGCCAAGCCCACCGGCACCGGCACCAGCACGACCGGCUCAGGUGAAGGAGGCGAGGAGGACGACUGCCCGCCCGAGGAGGCCGAUGUGACCGCCACCGCCACCGCCACCUUGGUCCCCUACCCCACCGGCAACAACGGCUCCGCGCCCACGUACCCCUCCGGUGCCGCCAUCCCCACCGUCACCCUCCGAUAAAUGACUUUGUGAAAAAAGUCUCUCCUCCCUGAAACCUAGGUAACCUAGUUUGAUCUCUUCUAGGAGAUUAGAUUUACGAGGGAGCUGGACGGAGUGAAA